AUGGAUCUAGUCUCGAAAGAUGCAUACAUUCAGAAACUCGCCAGUCGUGUGUUUUCUCAGCAAGCGCAGUCAGAGCCGAAGAAGAAGAGAAUCGGACAGUUGAAGGGUGCUGCAAAACAUGAGGCUCCUUCUAAGAAUAAGCUGAAAAAAAUGAAAAAGAAACUCGCUCAAAACAACAAAUCAGGAACCAGUGUUGCACCUCAAAACGUAAAGGACAAAUCAACCCCAGCUCCAGCUAAGCCUGCACUGGGAAAUGGGCACCUGAAGAAAGAUGUGGAGUUUCGUUUCUCUGGAGUAGAUCUGCUGCGAAAGAGGCUUCAUGAAAAAAUUGAAGAGUCACGGGGACAGGGUGUGCCAAAGGAUGCAUUGUCGCCAGAAGUGCAGGCCAAAAGGGCAAAGCGAAAAAUCGAGCGGGAACGUAAAAAAAGGAAGAAAAAGGAAAUUCGAAUGAAGAAACUGGCUGAAAAAAUUGCAUUAGAAAAGGCUCCUGAGAUAAAGCAGGAGAGCGUAGAGGUUGCGCCUGUCCCUGCCAAUAAGAGGAGUGAGACUGCUAUUGUAUUUAACAAAGUGGAAACCGUAGAAGAGGGGUAUCAAGACAAGAUGCUGAAAAAGCAGAACAAGAAAAAGAGUUUAAAGGGCCAAAUAACGCCGCUAACUGGGAAGAAUUACAAGCAGCUUCUCAGUCGGGUGGAAUUACGCAAAGCGAAACUGGAGGAGCUGAGGGAGAAGGAUGCUGACAAGGCACAGGAGCUGGAGAAUAAGAUGAAAUGGACAAACUUACUGUACAAAGCAGAAGGUAUUAAAAUCAAAGAUGACGAGAAAAUGCUGCGUGUUGCGUUGAAGAAAAAGGAGAAGAGGAAAACGCAAAGGAAGAAGAAGUGGGAUCAGCGCAGUGACAACGUGGUGGAGAAAAUGCAGCAUCGACAAGACAAGAGGAAAAAUAAUAUUCUUAAGCGCAAGAAGAUGAAAGUGGAGAAGAAGAAAAACAAAGCACGCAAAAGAGGCAGGAUCCUUCCCGAGGACUUGAAAAAGGCUGGUCUUUGA